GCAUACGUAGGGAAGAAAGAGAAGGAGAGCGAGGCGGGGGAAAGCAUUGUUUUUCCUCGUGGAGCAGCAGUUGAGUGCUGGGCUGUGGCAGGGAGAAGUGGCAGCUGUGAAGAACAAGGAGAGAAGAGGAGACACGUUCUUGAGACUCGCAGGUACCACAGACGUAGCCAUGCGGCCCAGGUCUAGACUUCUGGCUAAGCGGGGCCUCCCGACCAUCCGUGAGGGUUCGGAGGAGCUCGUGCACGACCUGAACCAGACCAACAGCCAGCACAGCAGUGCGCAGGACUACUUCCACUCCAUCUGCCAGCUGGCCCGGCCUACUUUUCCCUUACACGAGCCAGACCGUGACAUCCUGUCCAUCGGCAGACUGGACUCUCCGAAGCCGUGCAUGCGUCCGCAUCGUCUGCGCCAGCUUGUCCAGCCCCUAACCUGCCCCGUUGACGCCUCCACGACCCAGUCACCCAAGGUGGAAUCACCGGGGCCAUCGUCCUCAGCGCCAGAUCAAGCCCAAGGCUCCGAGCAGGACUGCCCAACCUCUGCUGACCCGCUGGAGUAUCUCUACGGCUACAGAGAAGCAGAGACUUUCUCUUCCUCCACCAGAAGGGGCAGCGUUCCGCUUCGCAGAGCACGCAGCGUGCCCUGUCCUGGGCUUGAUAUCCAGAACAAAAGUUGUCCUAAUUUGCAUCUACCAGAGUCUGUCCCGUCUCCUGUUGUGCCACAGCGCUCGCCGCUCAGCAGGAAGAAGCUAGAUAGUGCCAAGGUCGAUGGCGCCCCUUCUGGUUGGAGGGCGAAAAGCAGUCGCAGCAUGGACAAGCAAACAAUCGUGUCGCACUGGAUCUCGGAGUGCCGGAGCGCAUGGAGGGAAGCCCGUAUCCGUGCCUGCAUGCUCCCCGCCAUCGCCGAGAAGUAACGCUGCUCCGUAACGCUUGUCCUGCAAGCUGUGUCUCCAGUCGCUGUCUAAAAAAAAAACAUUAAUCAACAUCACAAAUAUCACAACUAGAAAAAAGAUGUGACUUCCCGGUUUUCAGGUUUCUAUUCCUAACCAUUUUUAGGUGUAAACUAAGCAAAAAGUGACCCUAUAGAUGGUGACGUGUUAAUGCCACACCAUAGUGUAGAGUUACGCUAAAUGUCAGUGAUUAAACUGGUCAGUGUCAGUCCAGUCAUGUCCAGUUGUGAUCAAUUACUGUAUUGGUUGUUGGAAGACUUUAACAUUGUUUAGUGAUUAAAAAAAAAAAAUACAUAAAAAAUACAGUACUAAAAUAGAUUGCUCGGUAUUUAUAUUUUAGAUUGUAGAAAAUGAUCUGAUGUCAGGACAAUGAUUCAAUUCAAUUCAAUUUUAUUUGUAUAGCGCUUUUAACAAUUGUCAUUGUCGCAAAGCAGCUUUACACAAUCAAAAGAACUAUUUAAGUUUGUAUGAGAUGGGAACGUGUAUGAAUCAAAAUGAUAAGAUUGUACCUGAUGAGCAAGCCGAGGACGACGGCGACAGUGGCGAGGAAAAGCUCCCUGAGAUGGCAAUAGGAGGAAACCUUGAGAGAAACCGGACUCAACAGGGAACCCAUCCUCAUCUGGGUGAUAACGCAUAGCAGUGAUUGAUCUGCAUCAUAGUGUGUGAGACUGGAAGUUCAGUAUAACAGGACAUGUGUUUAAGUUAAAAUUGAGUUCAGUUUGUUAUUGGAAGCUCAGGUAGAAUGUAGGAAACUCCAGUCCUGAACUAUCGAGCGACUGAAGUAAUAAAUCCUCAGAGAACAACUGUCUGCAUUAGCCGAGGACAGGACUGUCUUCGUGGAAAAGUGGAACCAUCCCCAGUCACCACACGCAUCCAAGACCACACAGGGCAUCCAUGCAAUGAGAUCUCCAACCAGAAGCAGAACACCAGAACGAGUCAGACAGCACUGGCAGCUCAGGAGCGACAUGUAUAGCUCGACAGCGAGACGGGUAGAGGGAAAGAGAGGAGAGGAGAGAGAUGGCAGUUAGGUAUGGUCACAGUCAAACAAUGUAUAAUGUGAAUGUAUAUUUAGUGCAGAGUGCAAGCAGGGACUCCGACAGGACUAACUAUGACAGCGUAAGUAAAGAAAGGCCGUCCUAACACGACCAAUCACUUCACUAUCAACAAACCUGAGUAAUCAAUGAGAGUGGGGAAGACAGCAUCUAAACAUACCAGUUCACCAUAAUACUCCACGAGUCCCCCAGAUCUGCUCCUUUACCUAAGGCAAAUCUAUUUACAAAAAUGCUUGGCUAAAUAAAUAGGUUUUUAACCUGGACUUAAACACUGAGACUGUGUCUGAGUCCCGAACACUAUUUGGAAGACUAUUCCAUAACUUUGAGGCUUUGUAAGAAAAAGCUCUGCCCCCAGCUCGUGGCGGAUCGUAAGCAAUUCACCCAGAUACUGCGACGCGAGACCAUUAAAUGCUUUAUAAGUCAAUAGUAGUAUUUUAAAAUCAAUGCGAAACUUCACAGGGAGCCAAUGCAGUGUGGAUAAGAUAGAGGUGAUGUUGCCCAAAGGAAGCAUGUAACGAGAAACAAGCAGUGGGCCUAAAACUGAACCCUGUGGAACACCAAACUCCACAUUAGAACGUCGAGAAUGGUCACCAUUUAAAUCAACAAUUUGAUUGUUAUCUACUGAUAACAAUCAGUCAAAUAGGAUCUGAGCCACGAGAGGGCCAUUCCCUUUAAUUCCUA